UUCUACACAAGCAUUGUGGGUAUGAAUCAAGAUGGCGGCACCCAUAUUGAAGUGGAAGCGGGUUACAAAUACAACCGGACCAGCGCCACGGCCUCGUCAUGGUCACCGAGCUGUUGCUAUCAAAGAUUUAAUGAUUGUAUUCGGCGGUGGCAACGAAGGGAUAGUGGAUGAACUUCACGUCUACAACACAUCUACCAACCAGUGGUUUGUGCCGCCAGUCAAGGGGGACAUUCCGCCUGGCUGUGCUGCUUAUGGCUUUGUGUGCGAUGGAACGCGACUGCUGGUUUUCGGUGGCAUGGUGGAGUAUGGCAAAUACUCCAAUGAGCUCUACGAGCUGCAGGCGAGCCGAUGGGAGUGGAAGCGGCUCAAACCGCGGCCGCCCCGGGGUGCCCCGGGGCCCCCUUGCCCACGCCUGGGACACAGUUUCACGCUUAUUGGCAACAAGGCCUUCCUCUUUGGUGGCCUGGCCAACGACAGUGAUGACCCCAAGAACAACAUCCCUCGGUACCUGAACGACUUGUACACGUUGGAGCUGCGACCAUUCUCGAGCUCAAUGGCGUGGGAUGUGCCACAGGUUUUUGGGCAGCCCCCACCCCCGCGGGAGUCCCACACAGCAGUGGCAUACCAGAGUCGCGAAGGGCGCCAGCCACGGCUUAUUGUUUACGGCGGCAUGAGUGGUUGCCGGCUGGGUGACCUCUGGCAACUGGACGUGGACUCGAUGAGCUGGAGCAAGCCACAGGUCGGCGGCGUUGCUCCACUGCCCCGGAGUCUGCACUCGGCUACGCUGAUUGGUCAGCGCAUGUUCGUCUUUGGCGGAUGGGUGCCGCUGGUGAUGGACGAGAACAAGGCGUCGACGCACGAGAAAGAGUGGAAGUGCACGAACACCCUGGCCUCGCUCAAUUUGGACACCAUGGCAUGGGAGCCGCUGGCCAUGGAGGUGUUUGAGGAAGCAGUGCCACGGGCGCGGGCAGGCCACUGCUCGGUGGCCAUCAACUCUCGCCUGUACAUCUGGAGUGGCCGAGAUGGCUACCGCAAGGCGUGGAACAACCAGGUGUGCUGCAAAGACCUUUGGUACCUGGAGACCGAGAAGCCGCCACCACCGUCGCGUGUUCAACUUGUGCGCGCCUCCACGGCCACUCUGGAAGUCUGCUGGGGAGCUGUGCCCACAGCGGACGCCUACGUGCUGCAGCUGCAGCGCUAUGAUGUGCCACCGACCAACACAGUGCCGCCGCCUCCUGUGGCACCACCUGCUGCACCUGUGGCCACACCGCCACCAGCUGUCCCUGCUGCUGCCGCCCCAGCCACACCCCCAGCAGUGUCCCCCAUUGCGAGCCCAAAGAUAGUCACACCGACCCAGUUGCGCCAAGUUCGAGCUCCUGCCGUGGCUCAGCCGCAAACUCCACCCCAGAGCCCAGCCAUCCGUGUACCUGCAGCUGCAUCAUUAGCAUCUGGCCUGAGAGGUACGGUGACAUUGGUACGCACUCGGUCGCCUGGUGUGGCUGGUCAGCAACAGAUCCGAGUUAUUGCCACCACCCCAACAGGCCAACAGGUGGUCAAAACGGUCACGGGAAACCUCCCUACAGUCACGCAAACCCAGCAGCAGGUGCAGCAGCUUCAGCAGGUUCAGCAAGUGGCUGUGUCGCCCUCUGUGUCAACCACUGGCGCUCUGCCCGCAGGGCAGGCACAGCAGGCACAGCAACAGCAGCAGCAGCAGCCCAUGUCUGGUAUGGCAGCACUAGCGGCGGCUGCGGCUGCCACCCAGAAGAUGACGACUGUCACCAGCACAACUGCAGCUGCGUCUCCGACAUCAGCCAUCCGGGUGGUCUCCCCCUCAGUCCUGGCUCAGCAGGGACUCAAGCUCAGCACCCUGCCCAUUCAAGGGAGCCCCACUGGUACUGGAACCGUCAGGCUAGCAGCCCCGGGCACUUUGCUCAAGGCGGGCACCACUGCAGGUGGCAAGCAGAUCAUCACUGUGCACAAAGGGGCUGCGGCCACAUCCCAGCCUCAAAUUGUCACCCUCGUCAAGACUACACAGGGUGUCACUUUGGCCACGAUGCCUAAGGUGAGCCUAAUCCAGCAGGCUGGCAAGGGGUCACCACAGGGCAAGGUGAUCCCCCAGGGGGCCACCAUUGUCAAGCUGGUCACCACGCAAGCAGGCGGGACUUCUACCAAGCCCACCCUCAUCACAACCUCGCAGGCACAGCAGCAGUCCACUUUGCUUGGUCUGGCGGGUGCAGCGGGCUCCAGCCCAAAGGUGACCAUCCUGCGAACACUGCCUAGCAACAUGGUGACAGUGGCAAAGCCUGGCUCGCCAGCGUCUGUUGCCACAGUGGGCAGCAGCCCCAAGCAACAGCAGACCAUUGUGAUAGCUGCGCCCAAGGCGGGUGGCCAGCCAGGGACCGCCAAGCUGCUCACGCAGGCAGGUGCCAAGGCAGGUCCUGGUGGCAUCCUCGUGGUUACCACUCAUCCGCAGGGCAAAGCCACCGUGGUGGGCACUUCCGCUGCCACAGUUGAGGCUGGCAAAGGUGCCAAAACAACAUCGGUGAACGUGCUCCCACUGUCCGCCGGCGGUCAGCUCAACUCGGUCACCUCGCCAGGUGGUGUGAAGAUGAUUGUGGUCUCGUCAGCGGGCCUGACUGGCCAGCAAGCAUUUACGCUGCUCACUACAGCUGCUGGUUCUCGGCCUGGUCUGUCGCAGCUGACGAGCAACAGUGCUCCUAUUACGAUCACCAUGCCAUCUGGUCGGGGUCGGGGUGCAGGGGCCGGAGGCGGACAGAUUGUGGCACUGCCUGCACAGGGGUUGUUGCCCAGUGGGGGAGCCAUCACAAUUCAGACCAAGCCUGGCGUGAGCCCUGCUCAGAAAGUACUCACGAUUGUGACGACAACCAGUUCGAACACUCGCACAUCUGCCCCACUCUCUAUGGUCACGCAGGCACUGGGUGGUAGCCUGUCAGCUGCUGGUGGUAAGGUGAUGCUGAUGGCUACUGGUCAGCCAGAUUCAGCCGGCGGUGGAGUCACCUACACAACAUUGCCCUCUUCAGCUCUUGUCCAGGCUGCUGCCCAGCCGACAGCUGUGGAUGCAGUGCUUGAUGAGAGUGAUCUACAGGGAGUUCCUAUGGAGACUGAUGCUGACAGCACUACAGAUCCUGCAACCAUGCAGUCUGCUCAGGCCUUGCUUGACACCAUGGUGCCUGUCAAAAUCACUGCUGAAGGUGUUUGUGACGAUGGAGUCCAAUCUGCUCAAGCUUGCACAGAUGGCAUUCACUGUGGUACACCGGAGCCUUGCACAGAUGGCGUUCACUGCGGUACACCGGAGCCUUGCACAGAUGGCGUUCACUGCGGUACACCGGAGCCUUGCACAGAUGGCGUUCACUGCGGUACACCGGAGCCUUGCACAGAUGGGGUUCACUGUGGUACACCGGAGCCUUGCACAGAUGGGGUUCACUGUGGUACACCGGAGCCUUGCACAGAUGGGGUUCACUGUGGUACACCGGAGCCUUGCACAGAUGGGGUUCACUGUGGUACGCCGGAGCCUUGCACAGAUGGCAUUCACUGUGGUACACCGGAGCCUUGCACAGACGGUGUUCACUGUGGUACACCAGAGCCCUGUGCAGAUGGUAUGCAUUGUGGCACACCUGAGCCCUGUACAGAUGGUAUGCAUUGUGGCACACCCGAGCCCUGUACAGACGGUAUGCAUUGUGGCACACCCGAGCCCUGUGCAGACGGUAUGCACUGUGGUACACCCAAGUCCUGUGCAGAUGGUAUUCACUGUGGUACACCCGAGCCCUGUGCAGAUGGUGUUCAUUGUGGUACACCUAAACCAUGCUCAGAUGGCAUCCAUUGUGGCACUCCAGAGGACUGUGACUCACCAGAGCAGCCCCGCUGUGCCAGCCCAGAGCCUCCAUGCACAGUGUCCCCUGUGCUUCACAACAAGUCCCUGCUGCGGCCUGUGCCCAUGCGCUUGGGUGUGUGUGUGGUGGCCUGUUCGGACCAGGGUGAAGGGGGUGAGGGUGACAAUGGACAGCCGCCGGGUGAUGACUCAGCACCGGUUGACAGUGGGGGUGGAGGAGAGGGGGAGGAGCCACCGGGGCAGGGAGAUGACCCACAGGAGCCACCAGUACCGCCUCCACCGGCGGACUCAAGUGGCGGGGGUGAUGAGCCACCGGAAGAGCAGGGAUCCGGUACCCCAGAUGCCGCCCCUGCUGAUGCACCUGAACAAGAGGAAGAAGAAAAGCCCGAGGGUGAAGGUGAGGAGUCGGCCGCAGGCGGCCUGUCUCUGGAGACACCUGGUGCACUGCCUCCUGACCAGAUGUGUGUAGAUGACCCACCCCCUCAGCAACCACCAGCACCAGCUGAACAAGCAGCUGACGGAGUGAUGUCGGCAGAGGCUGAACCACCUGCGGAAGCCACUGCUGUAUCUGCCGCUGCUGCUGCUCUUUCCGCUGCUACUGCUGCUGCUGCUGCUACACCUACUACUACUGCUGCCGCUACUGUGGCGGGGGCUGAAUCUGCAAUGUGUGCGGACCCCCUGACCACGUUGGCGUCGGCAGCAGUCUCGACAGCGAGCAGCACACCUCCAACUCCUGCUCCAGUGCUUGCGGCUGCUGCUGCCACCAAUGGCCUAGCAGCUUCCAUCAAAACGGAAGAGGACGUCAAGCCGCCGGUGGAACUAAAAGCUACUGCACCUGCACCACCAUCAGCCAGCAGUGGCAAGCGUGACGGCAUGUGGUUCGACGUGGGUGUGUUCAAGGAGACGUCGUGCCUCGUUUCACACUUCUACCUACCUUCGGAACAGUCGGAGCAGCAAAGAAAGGAUGAAACAGAUGUGGACGUUGUGUCUCUAGGUGCCCAUUCAAUGCUGCAGAAGCAGGAGCUGCUGCCUGGGACAGCUUACAAGUUCCGAGUGGCUGCCAUCAAUGCAUGUGGCCGGGGCCCCUGGAGUGAAGUGUCUGCAUUCAAGACGUGCCUGCCCGGAUACCCUGGCGCGCCCUCGGCAAUCAAGAUCAGUAAGGGUCCUGACGGUGCUCAUCUCUCGUGGGAGGCACCUCAGGGCAAUCCUGGGGAUGUGACCGAGUACUCGGUGUACCUGGCAGUGCGGUCAGCAACGACAGGGGACGGUGCAGGUCCUGCCAAGACAGUGACCUCGAACCCAUCGCAGUUGGCAUUUGUGCGAGUUUACUGUGGACCCCAGGCAGCCUGCACAGUGGCCACAGCUUCCCUGGCAUCGGCACAUGUGGACACCACCAGCAAGCCAGCCAUCAUAUUUCGCAUUGCGGCCCGCAACGACAAGGGGUAUGGUCCGGCGACCCAGGUCCGGUGGCUGCAAGAUGGUGUGGCACUGAGUGCUGGCCGAGGAGCUGGAGCGGCUACAAAACGACCGCCGUCUGAUGGGAAAGGAGCAGCUGCCAAGAAGGCAAAGAGUGAAGACUCCUGAGCAGCCUGGCAGUGACCAGGCGUGUUUUAUUUGUCAGCUUUUAACCCACCAACGCCCGUGUUACUAUCAUCAAUUUUGUUUCUGCCAUCAUCAAGUUUGGAAACGUUUUUAAAUGAGUGCCCUUCCUCCACCCCUUGUCCUAAUUCCCUGGCCCCGCGGUUGUACAUAAUAAGCAUCACCGCUUUGCACCCAGGUCUUUUCCUUGGGCAAACAGGGGGUCUGUGGCACGGGCCCCUGUGGUGGUAGCCCAAUUUCAUGCCCUGUGGAUGGGCAGCGUUGUGUAAAUAAGCUUUCUAUUUUUUUCUUCUCCCCAUUUAUGUCUUAUCAUCGCAGCUCAAAGCACCCAUCUCACAAUGCACCCAUGCACAUGCAAGCAUUGCUGACGGUUUUCAUUUUUGUAUAGUCACCCUCUGCCGACUAGCGCGAGGCUUGCACGAUGACGACGCAGUGUCUGAACGUUCUACCCCUCCCUCUACCCCUCCCCCCCCAGACACAUACACACACACACACACACACCAAGUGACGGCGUCCAGGCCUUGUCAGAUCAUUGCUGUUUUUCUUGAGUAAAUAAAGCCGUUGUAGACUAUUC